AUGGGGAUACCACGAGCUGAGGAGGGUGGUUCCCCGGCCGUGAACGAAGUGCCAGCAACCAGUCAGGAGAGUACAACGGCUACAUCGUCUUCCGCCUCAAGCGAUACUGAAAACCAGGAGAAUGCUCUCGAGGAGGUCAAAAGCCGGGAUUUCGUCCCAAAACGGCUAACCCUUUCGUUCAAGGACUUGACUGUCCGAGUGACAGCCUCCAGCGAAGCCUUGGGAGAAACUCUUUGGUCAAGAAUCGAUCCUAAUCAACUCAAGUCAUUUUUCACGAGGAAAACACCACAGAGAGCUAUUCUGAACAAUGUCACUGGCCAAGUUCGUCCAGGAGAAAUGCUUCUUGUAUUAGGGCGCCCUGGGUCUGGAUGUACAUCUCUUCUUCGUGUUCUCUCAAAUGAUCGAGGAUCUUUCCCUGAGGUGACAGGUGAGAUGCACUACGGGAGCAUGAAUCACAAGGAGGCUCGAAAAUUCCGUCAACAAAUCGUCUUAAACACUGAAGGUUGGUUCCCCCUAGAAAUCAUUGAUAGAUAUAAUAGACUAAAGAACCUGGUAGAUGAUAUUCAUUUCCCCACGUUGACCGUCAACCAAACGUUGAAGUUUGCUCUGAGAAACAAAGUCCCCCGGAAGAGGCCAGAGGACUUGGAAAAGAAACACAGCUUUGUUCAGCAUAUGCGAGAUAAUAUCCUAGGAUCGUUGGGCAUUGACCAUACCCGGAAAACCCGAGUUGGGAAUGAGUUCAUCCGAGGUGUGUCUGGAGGCGAAAGAAAGCGCGUUUCCCUUGCCGAGAUGAUGGCUAGUCAGGCUCCCGUGCAAUUUUGGGAUCAACCGACUCGAGGACUUGAUUCCAAGGGUGCCCUUGAAUUUGCCCGAAGCUUGCGCCAACAGGCCGAUGAGUUUGACAAGACCAUCGUCUUGACGACCUACCAGGCCGGAAAUGGGAUUUUCGACCAGUUCGACAAAGUUCUGGUGCUUGCAAGUGGGCGUGUGAUUUACUACGGGCCUCGUGUUUCCGCCAGGGCGUAUUUUGAGAACCUGGGGUUUGUCUGUCCCAAAGGCGCAAACAUUGCUGACUUUCUGACAUCUGUCACUGUCAAGACGGAGCGUGCCAUUGCGGCGGGCUUCGAAAGCCAGGUACCAGAUACUCCUGAGGAUUUUGAGGCGUCUUACCAACAGAGCGAGCUGUGCCGACACAUGCGCGAGACCUCUCAGCCUCCAAGUGCCCUUGAGAGUGAAGCUGAGGACCUUGAGGCUGCUGUGUUGAGAGAGAAAAGGCAGAGGAAGUUUAUGGUUGGCCCCCGAGGAGUCUACACUGCUGGAAUGAAGGAGCAGAUCGUUAACGCAACAAUUCGGCAAUAUCAAAUUAUGACCGGAGAUAAGCUUUCGUUUGCAAUCAAAAUUGUAUCGGCUACCAUACAGGCCCUGGUGGCUGGCAGCCUUUUCUAUAACCUGCCUGAUACCAGCGAAUCGGUCUUCCGCCGACCUGGCCUCCUGUUCUUCCCUGUUCUGUAUUUCCUUUUAGAAGGUUUGGCCGAGACGACGGCUUCUUUCGCCGGGCGUCCUAUUCUGCUUCGACACAAAAGAUUCGGCUACUACAGACCGACGGCUUUCUGCAUUGCUAACGCAAUCAUGGAUAUACCUAUCGUCCUUAUACAGGUGACAUGUUUCUCGCUGAUUCUCUAUUUCAUGGGCGGAAUGCAACAAAAUGCGGGCAAGUUCUUCACUUUCUGGAUUGUUGUAGUUGCGAAUACGCUGUGCUUUGGUCAGAUGUUCCGGGCUAUCGGCGCCAUCUUUGAUCAUUUCGGCACGGCUAGUUUCAUCUCCGGCCUGAUUUCUACCAUCUUCUUUGUCUAUGGAGGUUAUCUGAUCCCCUUUCAAAAGAUGCGUCCAUGGUUCCGAUGGAUAUUCUAUCUUAACCCAGGCGCAUAUGCCUUUGAGGCACUGGUAGCCAAUGAGUUUGAUGGGCUCGAUCUUGAAUGUGUGGCACCGCAGUAUGUCCCAUUCGGAGAAGGAUACGACACCGGCAGCUCCCAAUACAGAGGGUGCACUGUUCCGGGGAGCAACGGCUCGACUGUGAACGGCAUUGAUCAUCUUGCACAGCAGUACAGCUACUCCGUCGGCCAUAUUUGGAGAGGCUUUGGUGUUAUCGUGGGAUUCUGGAUAUUUUUCAUCGCCGUCACUGCGGUGGCCUUUGAGUUCAAAAAUAGCCACAAAGGAUCAUCUGUCUUGCUCUUUAAGCGAUCCUUCCGUGCAAAGAAGGCUCAGCUGGAUGAAGAGAAAGGGCCAAAUGGAUCUCCCGAUUCAUCAGCGGUUCUGGCCCAAUCAAAUCGUCAGUCCAUUUUCACUUGGAAGGAUCUUGACUACUUUGUCAAGUACCAAGGGGCCCAGAAGCAGCUGUUGAACAAGACGUUUGGGUAUGUCAAGCCAGGGAAUCUCGUGGCUUUGAUGGGAGCUUCAGGUGCAGGUAAAACAACGUUAUUGGAUGUUCUAGCGCAACGAAAGGACUCAGGAGAUAUAUUUGGCUCCAUCUUGAUUGACGGAAAACCGCAGAACAUCUCUUUCCAGAGAAUGACCGGAUAUUGUGAACAGAUGGAUGUCCACGAGGCCACAGCUACGGUGAAGGAAGCCCUCAUCUUCUCCGCGGUCCUACGACAACCACAGCACGUGCCUUAUGCCGAGAAGAUUGACUAUGUGAAUCGCAUUAUUGAACUUCUCGAGCUCGAAGACAUUUGCGAUGCCAUCAUAGGAGUCCCGGGCGCUGGGCUAGGAAUCGAACAGAGGAAGCGAGUUACGCUUGGUGUCGAGCUCGUUGCAAAGCCCUCCCUCCUGUUCUUGGAUGAGCCAACAUCUGGACUUGAUGGCCAAUCCGCGUAUAACAUUAUCCGAUUUUUGCGCAAGUUGGUGGAUGGUGGUCAGGCAGUAUUGUGCACUAUUCACCAACCCUCUGCGGUACUGUUUGAGGCCUUUGACUCGGUCUUGUUGUUGGCCAAGGGAGGGCGAAUGACAUACUUUGGUGAAACUAUCUUACUCUUGUAUGCUAAAAAAGUUACAGCUGGAACCGAUUCCAAAACCCUCCUUGAUUAUUUCGCCCGGAACGGAGCUCCUUGCGAUGAAGGUGUCAACCCAGCAGAACACAUUGUUGAGUCUAUCCAGGGGAACACGGCAGUUCCUAUUGAUUGGGUCGACGUUUGGAGUAAGUCUCCAGAGAGAACUAGAGCUCUCGAAACCUUGGAAGGCUUGAACAGCAAGGCUCUCGCCGCAACAGCAUCCCUGCCAGAAGACAACGCCAGCUUUGCCACUUCCAAGUUCUUCCAGUUCAAGACUGUUUUGCACCGUCAGAUGAUCCAGCUUUGGCGCUCACCUGAUUACAUUUGGAACAAGAUGGCUCUCCAUAUUUUCGCGGCCCUUUUCAGCGGCUUCACCUUCUGGAUGAUCGAUGACGGAUCCUUCUCUCUUCAGCUCAGGCUCUUCGCAGUAUUUAACUUUAUAUUUGUGGCCCCUGCAUGCAUUGCCGGCAUGCAACCAUUCUUCCUCCAUAACCGCGAUCUCUUUGAGACACGUGAGAAGAAGUCCAAAACAUACCACUGGUCGGCCUUUAUUGGGGCACAGGUUGUAUCCGAAAUACCGUAUCUCAUCAUUUGUGCCACAUUAUAUUUCGCAUGUUGGUACUUCACAGCCGGUUUCCCUGUUGAUGCCCGUAUCUCGGGCCACAUUUAUCUGCAAAUGAUCUUUUACGAGUUCUUGUACACAUCCAUCGGUCAAGCCAUCGCAGCCUACGCACCAAACGAGUACUUUGCUGCCAUCAUGAAUCCAUUACUCAUUGGUGCCGGUAUGAUAUCAUUUUGCGGCGUUGUCGCCCCUUAUGAGUCAAUGCCAGUGUUUUGGAAGUCUUGGCUCUACUGGCUGGAUCCAUUUCAUUAUCUCGUUGGCGGCCUUUUUGGCACUGUUGUCUGGGAUGUCAAGGUCAACUGCCUCCCUGAGGAAUUCACAACCUUUGCGAUCCCGGAUGGACAGAUCUGCGGGCAGUACAUGGCCAGUUUCCUUAGCAGCAAUGCCGGUUAUGUGUCUGAUCCGUCUGCAAAUGGGUCUUGCAGUUACUGUCCGUACUCAACUGGUGCCGAGUAUGCAAAGACCUUCAAUAUUAAUGAGGCGUAUUACCCAUGGAGAGAUACUGGUAUCACAGCCUUGUUCUCUAUCUCUUCUUAUGCUCUGGUGUUUCUCAUGAUGAAACUCAGGAGCAAGAAGACGAAAAGCGCCAGAUCUGAGUAG